AUCGUCGGCGCCGCCGCCCCCUUUUUCACAAUCGACGCCAUUUUGCUUCAUGUCGGUGAUAAUUUUUGUGUGCUGAAGCGUCUCGUGGAUAUUCAUCGGUUUCGUUUCAUUUUAUUUCAGUAAAACGUCAGAACCAUACAAAAUGGUGUCGUCCAAUCCACCGAGGAAGACAAAGAUAUUCGUUGGGCGUUUACCGGAAAACUGUCGGAAUGACGAACUCCGACAACUCUUCCUUCGCUUUGGUGAAGUAACCGAAUGCGAUGUAAUGAAUCGUUAUGGCUUCGUACACAUGGCGCGGGAAGAAGACGCCGCGGCGGCGAUUAAAGCCCUGCACAACACUAACUUCAAGGGUGCGACGAUCAAUGUCGAACAAUCCACCGGCAAAUCACGAGGCGGCGGUGGUGGUGGUGGAGGUGGCCGACGAGACGAUCGCCGGGGCGGUCCAAUGAGAGGGGGCAGAGGAGGUCGUGACGGAGGACGAGACAGUCGGCCUGGUCCGUAUAACGACAGGAGAGGUGGUGGAUCUGGUGGUUACCAAGAUUACAAUCGUGGUGGUGGUGGUGGUGGUGGCGGCGGUGGUGGUGGUGGCGGUGGCGACUUUAGCAGCCGCGGCGACUUCAACUCCGGUUACGGAGAUCGCGGAGGAUAUGGACAAAAUGUUGGCGGAGCACCAAUGGGUGGCGGCUACUCUUCGACGCCACAAAUGGGCGGCGGUUAUGGACCAACUGGCGGCGCUGUCGGCGGUUACGGACAAACUGGAACCCCGGAUUACGGACGAGCCGACUACGGUAGGACGGACUUCGGUGCGAGAACCGACUAUGGUAAUCGCGGAGCCGUUUGCGAUUAUCCAGUAGUAGGUGGUGGAAUGGCGGGCGACUUCAACCGUGGAACACAAGGUCCAGUAGAUUACGGACGAGUUGAUAACUUUGGAGCUAGUCGUCCAGUAGAUUAUGCACCUAGGAGCGACUAUGAUCGUGGAGCGGCCGGACCAAUGAGAAACGGAAGCGGCGCCGUUGCCGCCAGCGGUUACGGAACCGGAUAUGGCGAUGUUGGAUACGACGCAAAUUUCCAGACAAUGAGCGGAGGUCCAAGUUACAAUACCGGUCCCAGUUAUAGCACCGGACCUGGCCCACAACCAGACAUGUUCAGCAGAAGGGCCGGAGGAACCGUCCCCAGUGGUGGUUAUCAAGUCAGCGGAGGAUACGCAGAAGCCUAUGACAGACCUGACCCCUAUGGACCUCCCCGUGGAAGUAGCCGCUUCCCAGGUCCGGCAGACGGGAUGCCUCCGAGGUACUAAAACUAAAAUGUACCGAAACUUAGAAAGCGAACACGAUGAAAGUGCGCCGAUUCUAUACACAAUUCACACUGCAACAUACUUUGACGAGAACUGACUCGAUAUACAAACGUAAUUUAUAAUAUCUCUUAACGUUAAGAUAACUUUCAUAAAACUUGUCUGAAGUCCAUAAGGAGCUGCAUUUAAAUUUAUUUCGUAGCUCCUGAAUUUACAACAGUUUUUAUUUACUCUUAAAUAAAAAUUAUGUUUAGAUUCCACACUUUUUCCUUAACUCCACGUUUUUGUUUGGAAAGAUAAACAGAGUAUAGAAUUGUACAAUUUUUUUAUUUAUAGAAAAGUAUGAUUGUUCUGUUCAGGAUUUAAGCUUGGAACAGUUUAUGUACCUCCAGAUUUAAUAAAUUUAUCGAAAUA